GGUGCCCUGCCCCCCGCCCGCUCCCGGCUCGGAGCUGGGCUGGCGCCGGCGGAGAAUCCCGAGAACCCCGCGGCAAGCGCGGCCAGGACCUCGGGCGCUGCAGCCGGGGGCCCGCAGCAGAGAAUAAAUAUGGCAGAGCUUUCUGAGACAGAAGGACCAGUAGAUUGGAAAGAACGAUGUGUAGCUCUGGAGUCCCAGCUCAUGAAAUUUAGAGUUCAAGCAAGCAAGAUAAGAGAGCUCUUAGCAGAGAAGAUGCAACAGCUUGAGAGACAAGUUAUUGAUGCUGAACGUCAAGCAGAAAAAGCUUUUCAACAGGUACAAGUUAUGGAAGAGAAAUUAAAAGCAGCUAAUAUUCAAACCAGUGAAUCAGAGACAAGGCUGUAUAAAAAGUGUCAAGAUCUAGAGACCCUAAUACAAGAAAAAGAUGACAUCAUUCAAAACUUGGAACUGCAACUUGAAGAACAGAAACAAAUAAGGAUACAAGAAGCUAAAAUAAUAGAAGAGAAAGCAGCUAAGAUCAAAGAAUGGGUAACACUUAAAUUAAAUGAGCUGGAAUUAGAAAAUCAGAAUCUUCGUUUGAUCAACCAAAACCAAACCGAAGAGAUAAGAACAAUACAGUCAAAACUACAAGAAGUUCAGGGGAAGAAGUCAUCCACUGUCUCCACACCAAAGCUUUUGGAAGGCCAGCGCCUAAGCAGUUUGACCUUUGGGUGCUUUUUAUCCCGAGCAAGGAGUCCUCCUCAAGUAGUAAAAUCUGAGGAAAUGAGCAAGAUAUCAUCUAAAGAACCCGAGUUCGCUGAGGGAAAGGACAUAGAAGAAAUGGAAAUUCCAGAAAAGUCGGGUGAGAACCAAAUUCAAGAAAACAACCGGGGUCAGAGAACGUUGCAUCAAACCCCUUGUGUCCUGGAACAGAAUCGGAAAACAAGAACGAGCUUUGCAACAGAUGGUGGCGCAUCCCAGAAUUCUGGGGCUCCAGGGAGUGACUGGAGUUCUGAUGAGGAGGACGGGAGCAAAGGAAGAUCCAAUUGCAGGUACACGUCCACUUUUUCCAGUCACACGUCAGAGGAAGGGGUCCAGUGUAGCAGAAUGGGCAGCGAGGCGUACCUGACAGCAUCUGAUGACAGCAGUUCUAUAUUUGAAGAAGAGACUUUUGGCAUAAAGAGACCAGAACACAAGAAGCUGUAUUCUUGGCAACAGGAGGCACAGUGGAAAGCUCAGAAUUGUCCUCUCGUAAAGGGAAAUUCUGAAUCAAGUAAAAAGGAGCACGAUAGUUCGUCAGAUGAACUGAAUAAAAAAUUUCAGUCUCAGAGACUGGAUUAUUCAUCGUCGUCGAGUGAGGCCAACACCCCCAGCCCUAUUUUGACCCCAGCUUUGACUCCCAAGCAUCCUAACUUGCUCCCUGGAAAAGGUACACAGUUAGUGCCUUUGUCAAACCUGCCGCCCCCAAAGUUAAGGAUCCCUAAUGUGUUCAGCAUAAGUGUGGCACUAGCCAAAAGGCACUUAAGCCAGCCACAGUUAAGUUCCGAUAGGAUGUUUGGUACAAACAGAAAUGCCAUAAGCAUGAUACGGCCGCUCAGACCUCAGGAAACAGACCUUGAUCUAGUUGAUGACGACAGUACAGAAAUUUUAGAGAAUAUGGACACCAGUUGUGAUGACGGAUUGUUUUCCUAUGACUCUCUGGAAUCCCCGUGCUCCGACGACCAGGAACCCUGUGACUCGGCCAAGAAGCCGGCAUGUGGCAAACCGCCCACCCCGCCCCUGCACCGCUUUCCCUCUUGGGAGAGCAGAAUUUAUGCUGUAGCCAAAUCAGGCAUGCGAAUGUCUGAGGCCUUCAAUAUGGAGAAUGUUAAUAAAAAUUCCGUUGCUCUGUUGUCCUAUACCACAUCAGGACUCUAUACCUCUCUGAUAUACAAGAAUAUGACAACCCCAGUGUAUACAACUUUGAAGGGGAAGGCAACACAAAUAAGCAGCAGCCCAUUCCUGGAUGACUCCUCUGGGUCUGAGGAAGAAGAUAGUUCCAGAUCCAGCUCACGGACUUCGGAGUCAGACACGCGCAGUCGGAGUGGACCAGGCAGCCCUAGAGCCAUGAAACGAGGUGUGUCUCUGUCUUCAGUGACAUCUGAAAGUGAUUAUGCCAUCCCCCCAGAUGCUUACUCCACAGACACAGAGUACUCACAGCCAGAACAGAAGCUCCCUAAAACUUGCUCAUCAUCCAGUGAUAACGGGAAAAAUGAACCACUGGAAAAAUCUGGCUAUUUAUUAAAAAUGAGUGGUAAAGUCAAGACUUGGAAGAGGAGGUGGUUUGUUCUUAAAGGUGGUGAAUUACUUUACUAUAAAUCUCCGAGUGACGUAAUUAGAAAACCCCAGGGCCAUAUUGAACUUAGUGCAUCCUGUGGUAUUUUAAGAGGAGAUAACAAACAAACAGUUCAGUUGACCACUGAAAAACACACAUACUAUCUGACUGCAGAUUCUCCCAAUAUAUUGGAAGAAUGGAUUAAAGUGUUACAGAAUGUUCUCCGAGUACAAGCUGCCAACCCGCUUUUCCUGCAGCCUGAGGGCAAACCAACGGUGAAGGGAUUGCUCACCAAGGUAAAGCAUGGCUACUCCAAGAGAGUCUGGUGUACUCUUAUAGGAAAAACAUUAUAUUAUUUUCGUAGUCAAGAAGAUAAGUUUCCUUUAGGUCAGAUCAAACUCAGGGAGGCUAAAGUUGAAGAGGUUGAUAGAUCCUGUGAUUCAGAUGAAGAUUAUGAAGCCAGUGGGAGAAGUCUGUUAUCCACACAUUACACCAUCGUGAUCCACCCGAAAGACCAAGGUCCGACUUACCUCCUGAUUGGAUCUAAGCAUGAAAAGGACACUUGGCUUUAUCAUCUGACUGUUGCAGCAGGAAGUAACACUGUAAAUGUUGGAUCAGAAUUUGAACAACUCGUUUGCAAACUGCUGAAUAUUGAAGGAGAGCCUUCUUCUCAGAUAUGGAGACACCCUACUUUGUGUCACAGCAAAGAAGGAAUCAUUUCUCCAUUGACAACACUACCUUCUGAAGCUCUACAGACAGAAGCUAUUAAAUUAUUUAAGACAUGCCAGCUUUUUAUAAAUGCAGCAGUUGACUCCCCUGCGAUUGAUUAUCAUAUAUCUCUAGCCCAGAGUGCUUUGCAAAUCUGUCUGACACAUCCUGAGCUCCAGAAUGAAAUUUGCUGUCAGCUCAUUAAACAGACAAGACGGAGACAGCCGCAGAAUCAACCGGGACCGCUGCAGGGCUGGCAGCUCUUGGCUCUCUGUGUUGGGCUCUUCCUUCCCCACCAUCCUUUCCUGUGGCUCCUCAGGCUCCACCUAAAGAGGAAUGCAGAUUCCAGGACAGAAUUUGGAAAAUAUGCCAUUUACUGUCAGCGAUGUGUAGAAAGAACACAACAAAAUGGAGAUCGAGAAGCAAGACCCUCAAGAAUGGAAAUUCUUUCAACCCUUCUUCGAAACCCUUACCAUCAUUCUUUGCCCUUCAGUAUCCCUGUGCAUUUCAUGAAUGGGAUAUAUCAGGUAGUUGGAUUUGAUGCAUCUACCACAGUGGAAGAAUUUUUGAACACUUUGAACCAAGAUACAGGAAUGAGGAAGCCAACACAGUCUGGCUUUGCAUUAUUCACAGACGAUCCUUCUGGCAGGGAUUUAGAGCAUUGUCUUCAAGGAAACAUAAAGAUAUGUGACAUUAUUUCUAAGUGGGAGCAGGCCUCCAAAGAACAGCAGCCUGGGAAAUGGGAAGGUACGAGAACUGUUCGUCUAACUUAUAAAAACAGACUAUAUUUCUCAAUGCAAGCUCGUGGAGAGACCGAUAGAGAAAAGUUGCUGUUAAUGUAUCAGACAAAUGAUCAAAUAAUAAAUGGACUUUUUCCUCUGAACAAGGACCUGGCAUUAGAAAUGGCAGCUCUUUUAGCUCAGGUGGAGAUUGGAGAUUUUGAAAGACCCUUUUCAACUCCAGCAGGGCAUGUUACUAAUCAGUGCAAAGCAAAUCAAACUCUAAAACAAGUCAUAGAAAAAUUUUAUCCUAAAAGGUAUAGAGAUGACUCUUCUGAAGAGCAGUUAAGGCAGCUCUGCCAGCGACUGUCAACCAGAUGGAUGGCCCUCCGGGGACACAGCGCUGCCGAUUGUGUGCGCAUUUAUUUGACAGUAGCCAGGAAGUGGCCAUUCUUUGGUGCCAAGUUGUUUCUUGCGAAACCCAUAACUCCAUCAGCACUCGGAAGUACUUUCAUGUGGCUGGCUAUCCAUGAGGAUGGUUUAAGCAUCUUAGAAUACAACUCCAUGAGGUUAAUAGUCAGCUAUGUGUACAAGAGUCUAAUGACCUUUGGAGGUCAUCAAGAUGAUUUUAUGAUAGUCAUUAACAAUACACAUUCAAAGGACAAACCAACAGAGAAAUUACUUUUUGCCAUGGCAAAACCCAAGAUUCUUGAAAUCACUCUUUUGAUCGCCAGUUACAUAAACAACUUCCAUCAGCAAAAGGCAACCUUUCACCACCUCUCUGCUCCAGCGCUGCUCUCAGCCCAGACGCGGGGACUCGAAGCCAGGGCAGUGGGAAGCCAGCCCCUUCUGUUAAGUAGCAGACCGACUAAAGGACCCACUUUACUCUGAAAACUCUGGAGCCUGAGCCUUCACUCCCAUCCUCCGGGCGAUGGCUGCAUCAGCUGCAAAUAAGUUCAUUUACCCCCAGGCAGCAUAAUCCCACACACUGGGAUUCCAAACUUUUAAAAAUGCGGGGUGUCUUUCUUUUAUUUGAUUCUUAAAUAUUCAAAUGAAUACGACUAAUAAAACAUAAGCACAAAAUGGGCCCACAUGCUGACUUUCUUUUAGACUAAAUGGGUUCGAAUUCAUCAUUUUCCCCCACCUCCUUUGUCCCUUGCCAGCAGACACAUCAUGCAAUAUGGCUUUUUUUUUUUUUUUUGGUCUUUUUAAAAAACAUAUUCUGGCCAAGGGAGAUUCCAAACCCUCAUUUGGCAAACCAGUUGAUUAUUUGGAAAUGCUCACUGCCAAAAAAUCGAGUACUGUAAUUAAAUGUGCUUUUAAUUAAUGAUAUGGUGUUUGGAAAGAAGUAGAGAAUACAGUGUCAGAAACAGCCGCAAGAUGCUGUUGAGGGGUAAAUUUUUAGAGCAAGUGCAGUAAAUCUGGCACUAUGAAUCAUGGUGAGAAAAUGGGAGUUAAGUCACCAGAACCUCCUGUGUGGUAUUAGAAAGUAUACUCCAUCACCUUUUCAGAUCACUGGAGUGUAAAGUUUAAAACAAGACAGUGAUUCCCCACAUCCCUUGCUAUUACUGGAUAGCCCGAGUUCACUGGAAUAUUGCCCACAUUUCACUGCAUUUGGUGCUGGGUCAUCUUGACCUUAUUUUGUUAAAUAAUAUCUUUGAAAGCAAAGACAAUUCUUAUAUUUUGCCCUCAUAUAGGCCUUUUUCAUUAUAGUUUUAACAUAAAUCUCAAAAUAUUUUUUUUAAAAGAAAAGAGAAAUCUUCUGUCAAAGGAGGUAAAAUUUUAGUUGAGUGAGUCUAGAAAUGUAUUACUUUGCUAGAUUACACAAGUGGUCAGUUCAUUCCAGUAUGUGACAAAACAGAGCAAUUAGUAUUCAUGAUAAAAAUGAAACUGUGAUAAGACAUGAAAAUUAUAUUGUAAAACCGUUUAAUUGCAAUAGUAAUCAUGAGUAUACUUAAUUUUAUUUAUGUAUAGAAUAUUUGUAUUUAUUUUUUGCACAUAUAUUUAUCACUCUGUGUGUGGUACGUUUUUUAAGCAAUUUGAAAAAAAAAGUUAGCUGCUAAAUUAAUUUGUUGGCAGAGCCUUCAUAUUUUCUUCUUUGCUGCUUUCACCCUAUGGCAAUGUGCUGUUGUCACGCUAAGCCUUUUAAAAAUAAUUCCAUCUCACAUUAGCAUCCUUAGAAAGGGCAAAGCCAAGAAAUGCAGUGCUUACCUAAGAUUUUGCUUUAUUGGUAAUGACCAAAAGAAGGUCAAAAAACCCCAUAGAAGUAGAUUUCCAUUUACUGUUUCCCCUAGAUCUUUUGAGCCACAACCACUCACUGCAUAAGCAAGUUGGUUUUUGAGAAUAAACUGGUUACCAGUUUGGGAUGACUCUCAGCAGUAUUUUGGCUGGGAUACAACAGAGUUUCUUAGUUCCCAGAAAAGUGUCCAAUACUCAUUAGUUGGUGAGCCAGAGGCAUGGCACAACUUACAUAUGUGUGAGGGCUUUAUUCUAAAGUAGUAGUUAGCUCACCCUCUGGUAAGCACACCCCCCUCCAAAUCUUCUCAUUUGAACAAGUAGUGAAGGCUUAGCUUAAACGGUGUACCUUAUACUUGGCAUUUAUUUUUGAUAGAACAGAGAUAAAAUAUUUUGAUGGAAAGAAAUCAAUUUUCUGUAACUCAUGAUGUGAAAAUUUUAUUUUCUGGGAAAUUACUUAUAUAGCCAUUUAAAAAAUUCAAAGUAUGUUAUUAUGAUUGGUUACAAGAGAAUAAUGUUACAUGUUUAAUUGUAAUAUUUGUCUCCUAUCAUUUUCUUCCCUUUCAAUCAUAAUAAAUGAUUUACAA